AUGCAGAAUCAGAGAGGAACACCACAAGCAGAAUCAGCAGCAUCACAUGCAGACUUAGCAGCAUCACAAGCAGAGUCAGCUGUAUCACAAGCAGAAUCUGCAUUAUCAAGAGGAGCAUUACAAACAGAAUCAGAAGCAUCACUGGGAGUAUCAGCAGCAGCAGGAAGUGCAUCACUGGGAGUAUCAGCAGCAUCAGCAGGAGCAACUGGAUUUAGCCAAGAAUUACUGGGAGGAUUAGGACUUGCUGCAGGAGCAAAAUCUGCUAUUUUUGGAUCACAUAGGCACAGACAAUUACAGACAGAAGCACUAGAGAUGCUUGUAACUCACACCAUCAUCCAUGAAUCUUCCCAGAGAGACAAUUUUCCACAGACAGACAGGUCAUGGAGCAAGAAGACAGAAAGAGAGCAGCCUCCUCUAAUGCCAGAUUCAUCUGAAAACACAGAGAAGUGUGUAACAGGAAACAGAAUCCCUGAGCAAAUGACUGAAGACUCUACAUCUAAUGACUCAGUAAAAGUAUUCACAGAAAAACAUUCAAGAACUGUAGUUAUUAGAUUUGUUUUAUAUUUUGUAGCUUAUGGUAACAUAAAAUUAAUUCCAAACAACAUGAACCUGUGA